AUGGCGACCCGCAUUGCGUGUUUUGUGGCUCGAAAAUAUCCGAGAAAAAGCUCAAAUUCUCCGAGAUUUGUGCGUUCGUUCUGCUCUAGCCAAAAUGGAGGUGGCCCAGUUAAAGACAUCACCAGCAUACCCCUGUCACAGCCGUUGCCUAAUUUUCCCCAGGCGAAACAUGCCAUGAUCAAUACACACACAUACGAUACCAAUGUGACCACGUUAGACAAUGGACUGAAGGUGGCCUCGGAAAAUAAAUUUGGAGAAUUUUGUACCGUUGGAAUUGCCAUUGACUCUGGCCCAAGAUAUGAAUCGCCCUUCCCAAGUGGUAUCCAGCACUUCUUGGAAAAGUUGGCAUUUUCUUCAACGACAGAAUUUGCCAGUCGUGAUAUGAUUCUUCAAGAGUUAGAACGUCAUGGUGGAAUCUGUGAUUGUCAGGGAUCUCGUGAUACAUUGAUCUAUGCUGUGUCUGCUGCAAGGAAAGGUCUGAGUUCUGUGGUAAAUCUCUUGUCAGAAGUUGUGCUACGACCCAAGCUUACUGAGGAAGAGAUUCGAGAAGGUGCUGCUGCUAUAAGUUUUGAACUUGAGGCAUUGAAUAUGAGGCCAGACCCUGAACCUCUAUUGAUGGAGAUUAUACACGAGGCUGGUUAUCGUAACAACACAUUAGGGCUCCCAAAAAUCUGCUCAGAGGAGUCACUGCCUUUAAUCAACAGAAAUAUCAUAAUGACAUAUCUAAAGAAUUGUCAUGAUCCGUCACGUAUGGUGCUGGCUGGAGUCGGCGUUGAGCAUAACGAACUUGUGCAGAUGGCCGAGGAAUAUUUUGGUAAAAAGAAGCCGAUUUGGAUGGAGGAAUCUGGCAUUAUUGAUGCAUCCAAACACCUUGACGAAUCUUUGUCGCAGUAUACUGGUGGACUAGUGAAGGUUGAAAAAGACUUGUCAAAUGUAAGUCUUGGUCCGACGGCGAUGCCUGAGUUAGCGCACCUUGUGAUUGGUUUAGAGAGCAGCUCACAUAAACAUGAUGAUUUCAUUGCAUUUUGUGUGCUCAACAUGAUGAUGGGAGGAGGGGGAUCUUUCUCUGCAGGGGGUCCUGGAAAAGGCAUGUUUACACGGCUUUACUUAAAUGUUCUGAAUAAACACCACUGGAUGUACAAUGCGACAGCCUAUAACCACGCUUAUGCCGACAGUGGUCUGUUCUGCAUCCACGCCAGCGCACAUCCAACAAAGAUGAAGGAGCUAACGAGCAUCAUAGUGAAGGAAUUGGUAAACACAUGUAGUUAUGUGUCGGAGAAUGAGUUGAACCGUGCCAAAACACAACUGCAGUCGAUGUUAUUGAUGAACCUGGAGUCUAGACCGGUGGUAUUUGAAGACAUAGCAAGACAGGUGUUAGCCAAUGGCUGCAGGAGACCUCCGCAGUGGUAUUAUGAUGAAAUAGGUAAAAUCACAGAAGAGGACAUCCAGCGUGUAGCAGCGCGUAUGAUGAAUUCAAAACCUGCCGUGGCUGCUUUGGGAAGUCUUCAGUUCCUGCCAGAAUAUGAAGAAAUACAGCGAGGCAUGAUAAACAGAGACCGGCGCAAUGCUCGCAGAUUCUCGUUAUUUCGAUAGUAGACUGAAAACAUGUUAUCUGCUUGGACUUGCUUUCAAUGAGGAGUGUAAAUAAGACUAUGACUACUGUGUCUUAGACAUGAUUUGAGACUCAUUAUACUGUAAACCGCCAGAUUAUUUUCACGACAUAUUUUUUCCAGAAAUUUUUGCAAAUGGCAAAAAGAGGUGCAAUGAUAAGCAAUGUUUGCUCGCAAAUUGACCUUGGAAGUGCUUAGCCCACCGAUUUUUAAAGAUAAAGUGAUACAAUGUACCUAGAUGACUCAAAAACCCUUCAAAAUGAAUUUGAAGUCCAUGAAACUCUGAAAAUAUGACUUUUAAAAGUAUCAGACAAGAAAACACUUUCCUCAUGAAUGAAAGAUAAUCAAAUGGUGCAAGGACUAUGACAAUGUGGAGGGGGUGUUGGUUUUAUAAAGUGAGUCUGCUCUAACACUGCACUGGUUGUAAUAUUUUUGUUGCACUAUAAAGUUAAAAAAUUUCACAUUCUGUUCUGAGUUGUCUAUGUAUUUAUAUAUAUAUGGAUUAGUAGGCAGAAUGGUCAACGAUGUGACAGAGCUUUAGCCUUUGAAGGGCACUUGAUCCUGUAAAGUACAUUUUUGGCAAAGAUUGUCUUGUAACCAUGGCCACCUCUGUCAUAGUUAUGGAUAGCGUUAUGUGAUGCAUUUAAUCAUUUACUGGUGUGUGCUACUCUUACGAAAACUACAAAUCAAAAACCGGAUUAUGGUAAGUCAUUUAAGUGUUCUUGGCAUGAUGAGUUGCAAACUGCACAUGCAUGAACUAACAAACAGCAAGCAGUAUUCACUAGAGACGUUAGAAAAUGCACUUUUAACAGCAAGAUCUAUUAAUAAAUGGACCCAGCCUUGAUCUCUGUGCUGCCUCUGAUGCCUGUAAUCAGUGUGUACAUGUAUUUGAUUAUGAGACUACUUGAUGGGGUUUACAGUGACUUGAGAAAAAAAAAUCUCUCGAUCAUCAUGUUCAUAAAUUGUCUUCAACUUGUACAGAAUAUUUUGCAGCUUUGUAAAUAAAUUCAGAUAGUAUAAAA